AUGACAGACAAGGCACUUCCUCUCCCUCCCCAUGGAGCCUCACCCUUCUCCGCCUCUGCUCCUUCUUCCCCCAACCUCUCCUCACCUCCCUCAUCCAAAUUCCCACCACUAGCCAUCAACAUCUCCCAUAGCCCCAAUAGCCUCGGGCCCCCACAGGUCACCCCCAGGCGAGGCUCGAUCGCAGCACACCUGAUGAACUUUGCAUCAAAGUCCACAACUUCCCUCAACAUCCUCUCCAGCUCUGCACCCUCUGCCAACAGUCCCUUGGGCCCCGGUCACCCCCACCACGACGACGAGACACGGUCGCAGGUGAUGCCCCUUCGGUCGUCUCCUUUCUCCAACCCCUUCAAAAAGCUGCAGAAUACCUUCCAUUCUAGCGGCUCGUCCAAAAAGAGUCUCGACUCUGGAAGUGUCAAGACCGAGAGGCUCGCCUCGUCUGCAUCCUCUGUCCACUCAAUGAUGUCCUGGCGGUCCAAGGGUGCCGAGAUACUGUCCAAGAAGGCCUGGGGCAGAACCCGCAAGAACUCAGAACCUACCCUCGGCGCAAAGGGUCUCCCAACAACACCACUCUUUGGUUCGUCCCUCGAGGAGGCCGUACGGAUGUCCCAUAUUCCCGGCUCACCCAUGGUCCCCGCUAUCCUUGUGCGCUGUGCAGAGUUCCUCGAAGCCAAGGGAAUCGAUGAAGUUGGCCUCUACCGUGUGCCUGGUAGUCAUGCAAGCGUGCAGAAACUGAAGCUGAUGUUCGACUCGGGCAAGGACCACAACCUCCUCGCCAUGGACGCUGUCGACCCCAACGACAUUGCCACACUCCUCAAGCUCUAUCUCCGUGAACUGCCGACCCCCCUUCUUCCUGCCGUCUUCCUGGAACAAUUCCAGACGCUGCUGUCCACGGAUCGCCAGAUCUGCCACAAUCUCCGUGGUAUCCUCAUCGGACUCCCCCGUCCCAACUAUGUCGUCCUCUCCUACCUCUGCCACCAUCUCUCCAGGAUCGCUGCACACGCCGACAAGACAAAGAUGAACGUUUCCAACCUCGGCGUCGUCUUUGCGCCAACACUCUCAAUCGGAUCCGUUCUCUUCAAGGCACUCCUGGGAGGAUACUACGACACCAUCGACUCGGCCGAGAGCAGAGAAAAUGGACUCAAGAUUGUUUGGGGCGGACUUUUGCAGGAUGUCGAAUACGACGUGACGACGGAAUGGCCCGAAGAUUCGACUUGUCCUUCUCAUCAACCACCACCACUCACCCCCGCUCAGGAAAUCGUCCAUGCCUCCACCUUGGCAAUCCCAUCCUCCAACACCUUCCCUCAAUUCUCGCAGAGCGCACCGGCAGAUCACCCUUUCACCGCUCCUCCAACCUCGAUCGACAUGGCUCUUUCUGCCGAAACUGCCUCUAUUGACGACGAAGAAACAAAGCUGAUGGCAGCCAUGGUCCUGCGCGAGGAAAUGGCGUCCAGGGGUCACAAACAACAGGACGACGAGACUUCAUCCAACGCCUCCAGCUCAUCUGGUUCGAUCCCCUGCACAGACACCACCGCCCUCUCUGCUGCGUCGUCCCCAGGAAUGAACGCCAAGGACCAGGCAUUUGAGGCCUCCUUCACAUCGCCCUCCAUGACCUUUUCUCCACCCACCUCCUCGACCUCUAUUCUUCCUUCUCACCUCACAUCCGCUGCUACUACAGGAGCAUCAUCAAGCCAGGAUAUCUUUUCGGCCGUAUCAACUAUACCCAUUCUCCUUCAGGAUUCGACUCCAAAAACUGUUGUCUCGCCUCUUUCGCCUCCACCUUCAUUGGACUUUACCACGAAAUCGAGCAGCGUAGCACCGAUUGUUCAUAUCACCAUCGAUGCUGGAUCACCCCUUAGAGCAGAUUUUGGAUCCUUGUUUGACCCCCAGCAGUUCAUGGAUGCAGCAGGAGAGACCACCAAGGAGGUCGUGACCGAGACGAGUGCUGAAGUUGUUGUUGGUGCACCGAUAACACCACCGGUUGAUAUUCCUCACAAGACCGAAGUAGCAGACGUCUCGGGAGAAGUACCUCAGUUGCCACUAGAGGGUCUCAUGAUUGCGUUGUAA